UUCAGAUAUAUCAUCACAACUUUAUUUAUUAUUAAAAGUUGCAAAUAUUAAUUCAGACAAAAAUGGCAAAGUUUAUGUUCCUUUAAUUCCGGGAUAUAGUAUAUAUACACAUCUUGGUGAAUAUUAUUUUUUUAUAUGUCUUGAAUGGUGUGAGAUUUGUAAAAAUAUUCUUUACCGAUGGACAGAUUUUGGCACAAAUGAUAGUUUUCAAGAACCAGUUGCAUCAAACUGCUUACCUGAUUCAUUAACUAGUUUACGAAAUUAUAUUAAAAAUGACAAAACUAUUAAUUAUAAGGGUGAAGUUUCUAUAACAUACUUAAUGGGUCUAACAUGUACAGAAAAUGUUCAGUGGCUUCGAGGAUUUAUAAAUAAUAAAUAUCCUGAUAUUUUUUUAAAUAA